AUCUCAAAGAUAUCCGACAAGUUCCGUCAAAGUUACUAGUUAGUCACGCUGUUCGGACGUACAGGAAAAACAAUGUUAAUUUGUGUUGUUCUGCUUUUAUGAGUCUAGAAAAAGCAGCAUUUUAAUUUAUAUAGCAGCAUCGAUGUUUUUGUAAACACCCAGCAACAGACAAUCUCGUUUCGGACGUGUUCUAAACUUGUUGCAAAGCCUACUCUUUUCUUUGCCACUCGUGUGUGUUUCUUUCUCAGGUGUGUGUGGCUGGUGAUGAUGGAUUUAAAGGAUAAAGUUGCUGUUGUGACCGGAGCAGCUCAGGGUUUGGGCAGAAGCUUUGUCGAAAUACUCCUGAAAAAUGGGUCAAAGGUGGCUUUAAUAGAUGUGAAUAAAUCAGUGGGAAAUGAUUUGAAGACCACACUUGCAGAGGAGUAUGGACGUGACAGAGCUGAAUUUUAUGCUGCCGAUGUCUCAUCAGAGGAAGAUUUUAAAGGAGUUUUGGAAAGAAUUGUAGAAAAGUUUGGCCGCAUUGACAUUAUGUGCAACAAUGCAGGAAUCCUCAAUGAGAAACAGUGGGAAAAGACUAUAGCAAUAAACCUGGGUGGAGUGGUUAGAGGCACAUAUCUGGCUCUAGAACAUAUGAAGAAGGAAAAUGGUGGUAAUGGCGGAGUCAUUAUCAACAUUGCAUCUAUGGCAGGUCUAGGGCCGUUGCCAAUUGCGCCCAUCUACACAGCAACUAAACAUGGCGUGGUGGGAUUUAGUCGUGCCAUGGCGGCCGUUUCAAAGUUGGUUGACUAUGGGGUGAGAAUCAACGUCCUCUGUCCGUGGUUUGUGAACACCAGUUUUCUGUCCCUCAUGAAAUCAGAAGAGCACACCGGAAGUUUCUUUCCAUUGAAAGACAUGACGGAGAUGAUGAUGGAGAACAAAGGCUGUCUGGAGGUCGAUGCGGUUGCCAAGGCCUUCCUUGUUCUUGUGAAAGAUGAGAGCAAGAAUGGAGAAGUUCUGAUGAUCGAGCCUGACGGUGCAGCUUUUAUUUCCUUCCCUCAAAAGAGCGAAGACUUUCCAUCGACUCCAGUCAGUCUGGAGUAGCCAAUCAGCUUCUUAAAUCAAUCAAUGUGUAAAUUGAUUGAUUUACUUUUGAUAUAUUUUUAUCUGGCUUGCGAGGCAUUUGAAGGCGGCAUUUCUUCGGUGGUGCAUUUUUGAUUAUAUUACAAUCAUGAAUUUCAGCAAUUCCAUUGGUGUGUACAGCAUCGGUUGAGCAACGCGCAUUAAAUAAAAGUCCUUAACUUUUUUAUGUUCAAUUUACAAAAUGUAUAUAAUGAGUCCAUUUUCCAAUCCGUAUUUUUGUCGUAUCCUGAACCACUAUGGUACACCCAUAAAAAGUGUUUACAUUGGGACUAUUUUACACAGAGAAAAGUAGUUCCGGCUACACGGUUCUCUCCGAAAGACGCAUGAUUCUGUUAAUAAAUGCAAGUUUAUUAUCGCAAAAGUUUAAAAAAUUAAGCGUCACAUUGAUAAAGCCUCACAAAUAACAUGCAAGUAUUGAGGCCCUGGACAAGAGUAAUUUAAUAAUAGCCUUUCUUUCUUUUUUUUUUACCUACACACCAGUGUGAAUGGUUUUGCAUUUUAAAUAGAGCCAAUAUUUAGACUUCUCCUAGGCUAACGUUUUUAAAUUACAAAUGGCCUACUGAUGGUUUUGUUAUUGUAUUUUUAAUAUUAUAGGCUAUUAUUUGUGCAUAAACACCGUUUGUUUGAAAAAGAAAAUGUUGUCAUCCUUUCUGCAAGCUUACAAGAGCGAUAAUAUAAUUAAAUGUGAAGGGGGGCCCUAAAAUAUUUCUUGGGAAAAAGGGGGU